CUGACCAAUCAGAGACACUCUGACCCGAACGCUUCCGUAUAAAUAUGGUGGUUCUAGGCGCUUCGGUACCGGAGAAUGGUAGAGGUACUAACGGCACAUCACAAGACGGUACAUUGGACCCGGCAGUCCUUUAGUUUUUAUUUCAAUUUCCUCGUUUCGCCAGGUGUGUUAUAGUAGGAAAUAAGAUGGCCACGUCUGCCAGUGCCAGCUUGAGCAAAGUCAUCAAGCAGCAGUACCUCGAGCUUCCCCAGGGGGAUAAAGUCCAAGCCAUGUACAUCUGGGUCGACGGAACCGGUGAGGGGCUGCGGUGUAAAACCAGGACCUUGGAUUCUGAGCCCAAAAGCAUUGAAGAACUCCCUGAAUGGAACUUUGAUGGGUCCAGCACUUACCAAGCUGAAGGCUCCAACAGUGACAUGUAUCUCAUCCCUGCUGCCAUGUUUCGUGACCCCUUCCGCAAAGACCCAAACAAGCUGGUCCUUUGUGAAGUAUUCAAGUACAACCGCAUGCCUGCAGAAACCAACCUCCGAAUCACUUGCAAUAAGGUGAUGAAGAUGAUAGAAGACCAAGUUCCCUGGUUUGGCAUGGAGCAGGAGUACACCAUCCUGGGAACGGAUGGACACCCCUUUGGCUGGCCGUCAAAUGGAUUCCCGGGACCUCAAGGUCCAUACUACUGUGGUGUGGGUGCGGACAAAGCCUAUGGAAGAGAUAUCGUGGAGGCUCAUUAUAGAGCUUGUCUCUAUGCUGGGGUUCAUAUUUGUGGCACUAAUGCUGAAGUGAUGCCAGCCCAGUGGGAGUUCCAGGUUGGCCCGUGUGAAGGGAUCAACAUGGGCGAUCACCUGUGGGUGGCUCGCUUCAUCCUCCACAGAGUCUGUGAAGACUUCGGGGUCAUUGCCUCUUUUGACCCCAAGCCGAUCCCUGGCAACUGGAACGGUGCCGGCUGCCACACAAACUUCAGCACAAAGGAGAUGAGAGAGGACGGUGGACUAAAAGCCAUUGAGGACUCUAUUGAGAAGCUGGGCAGGAGGCACCGCUAUCACAUCCGUGCCUACGAUCCCAAAGGGGGUCUUGACAACGCCCGGCGCCUCACAGGCCACCAUGAAACCUCUAACAUCAACGAGUUCUCGGCAGGCGUGGCAAACCGCGGCGCCAGCAUCCGGAUCCCUCGCAACGUGGGCCAGGAGAAGAAGGGCUACUUCGAGGACCGCCGCCCGUCAGCCAACUGCGACCCUUAUGCCGUCACGGAGGCGCUCAUUCGUACCUGUUUGCUGAGUGAGGAGGGUGAUGAACCUGUGGAUUACUGAAGGCACCACUCAUGGAUUGACGACCCCCCCCGAUCUUUUCUUUUAAAUAGUACUGUACUUACCCACCCACCCAUACACCCACUGAAACGGUUUAACUUGCAUUUUAAAUGGCUUAAAGUUGGCUGGUCGACUUAAAACGAUUAAUUUGUCUUUUCUAGUUCCUUUGGUCUUGGCAGGGUACCUUCCCCUUGUCUUUAGAAGGGAUUGGCUUUUGUAGCUGUUUUCUAGCCAUGUCAGACCCCACUCACAUCCCCUCAAUCAUCCUAAAUGAACUGAAGAACAUGGACACUGCAGCAUAAAGCUGCUAAGACUGGACAGCAUGUACAAAUUAAUAAAUCAUUAGUUGAUGUGUCGCUAAUUGACCAUGUUGACCUGCCUUUUUCAACUACCCUGGUUACUAACUGUUUGAUUUUUAUGAUGAAGUGUAUUUUAAAUGGCAACGUUUGUCUUCAGACACACUGGGUCAACUGUGUUGGUAGACUAUACGUAGAUGUCUAUGAUGUUCAAAUGUGGUGGAUCUGUCCAUAAUGCCAUUUGUAGAUUUUCCUCAAGGAGUUUUAUCCUUUUUGUUAGUGUACUCAAUUUGGGAAAUUUUCACGUUUACUGAACCUGGGUUUUUCUUGAUACAUUUAAAACUUAUUUUUAUCACAUUGCUGUGUUGUUCGUGACUUUUAGUCAUUACAUGAGCCGUUAAUGAAGUCAAGCCUUUUGCCGAACAUUAAGAUUAUCUGGUGAGCGUCUACACAAUUAAUCAUGCUCCCCUUUUGCAUCACACUAACAGCUGACUCAAAGAUCAACAUGAGAUCAGCGCACAACGUUUGUUAAACACAUGAUCAAUAGUUAUAGUGCACACAGCCCGUAACCUUUAUUCUCUUUGUCAAGUUGUAAGUGUUAAGUCAAUAAAUCAGGUUGUAUCUUAGUUGUGUGCAAGCAGCAGCUGCUAAAACUUAACCUGGAACAUUUUGUGUCUUUAAGUCUGACCAAAUAUCAAGCUUUCUUUUGAACUACACUAUUAACAUGAAUGUGGGCAGUAGAAAAGAGGGUUUUGCCUAAGGAUCAUACAGGAAUGCUAGUUUAUGUUCAACAUUUACAGUAAAUGACUGUAGCAAUGACCGUUACAUAUUAUAGCAUAAACUCGCAGUAGGUUUUGCAGAUUUAUUUUCAGUUCCAAAAAUGACCAGCCCGCAGUAGUAAUCCUCCACCAGUUUGGUGCUUGACUUGAGAGGAACUCAUCAACCCAUGCAAAAUGUUCUUUUAUCAACACUAGUUAAAGAUCUAUGAGACAGAACCUCUUGGCUGGUUUUAAGGACCAACUGCCAAAUAUGGUUGCCUAAAAGUUUCUCUGUUCUCAGAGAUCCUCUGCAACAGGGGAGCUAUGGUGUUUUUAGGAAUUUUAAACACUAGCCAGAUGUCAGAGAUCCUUAAUAUGACAGGAGUGCUCUGGUUUUUACGGACCUACUGCAAAAACAUACGUAAGCUGUUUUUGAAAACACAAGGUGCUCUCCUGGGUUUAGGAAUCUACUACAUGAACGCUAGUCAGACGUCAAAGACCUCAAUAUGACAGGAGCACUUUGGUGUUUUUAAGGACCUACAGCAUAAACGCUAGUAAGAUGUCAAAGAUUUUCACUAUGUUUUAAGGACCAACUGUAGAAAGGCUUGUCAAAGUUCCUGUAUAUAACGGGAGUGCUUUUUGAAAUGAAGGGCCAGUCUGAUGCCAUUCAUGGCCGGUAGGCUGCCAGUUGAAUAUGUUCACACUACAGUAGACCAUCAGUGACCCAAUAAUAAACAUUAUUUUUAUAUUA